AAAAAAAGUGUCAAAGUCCAUUUUCUAAUUAGCAUAACAUAAAAACAAAAUUAAUUCACAUUAAGAUUUUAUUAUUUAUUUCAAUCAAUCAAACUAAAAGUGAUAACAAAAGUUUAAGAUUAAUAUAGUAUCUAGUCUAUCUACACACAACAAACAAACAAAAAUCUAUUUAUAAGACAGUAACAACAAAAAUAUGUUAUCAAGGCGAUUAAAUUUUCUUUCAGGAGAACGGAAAUCAUUGAGAUUAAUCUAUCAGGCUGCCACAAGAAUGGUUUCUUCCAACAAAGUUAAAGUAAAGCAAGGCACAGUUGUUGGUGUCGAAGCUACACUUCCAAAUGGAUCGCCAUACUCUUACUUCAAAGGAAUACCAUACGCAGUUCCUCCAUUAGGAGAACUAAGGUUUCAACCUCCAGUUCCAUUAGAAAAAUUCACUUCCCCCGAAAUUGACUGCUCUGUUGAGGGUGAAGUUUGUUCCCAAAAAGAUCCCUUAUCCGGUGAGGAAUGCGGAUCAGAAGACUGUCUUUUUCUCAAUGUCUACACCCCACGGAGAAAAGAUUCUAAUAAACUACUCGCAGUAAUGGUAUUUGUUCAUGGUGGUGCCUACAUGUUUGGUCAUGGAAAUAGCAACUUAUACAAUCCACUUUAUUUGAUGCAGGAAGACGUAGUAGUUGUCACUCUCAACUACCGUCUCGGAGUAUUUGGUUUCUUGUCAUUGCCAGAAGCAGACAUUCCAGGCAAUGCUGGUUUAAAAGACCAGCGCCUAGCAUUGCAAUGGAUUAAGGAAAACAUCUCACGAUUUGGUGGAGAUCCAAAUAAUGUGACAAUGUUUGGGGAGAGUGUUGGUGGUGCAUGUGUGCAUUUGCACUUUCUCUCAGAGAAUUCAGAGAAGCUUUUCCACAAAGCAAUUGUACAAAGUGGUACAGCAAACAUGCCGUGGGCCAUGAAAAAGAAUUUAUAUGAAAAAUCUAUGCUUUUAGCCAAGAUGUUGGGUUUUGAUUCGAAUGAUCAAAAAGAAAAUGCCAAAUUUUGGAGAAAUCAUCAAAGAAUGGAUGACUUUCGGAGACAUAUGUUGGCAGUUAUAACGCCAGAAGAACGUCGUCGUGCAUUACCAAUGCCAUUUGGACCAGUUGUAGAGAAAGACAACCCAGAUGCUUUGGUUACUAAGGACCCUUUGGAAUCAAUGCAAACAAUUAAUUCUAUUGAUAUUCCUUUAAUGAUGGGUUACACAUCAGCCGAGGGAUUGUUAAUGCUUUCGAAUGCAGUAAGAAAUUUGGAAAAAUUCGAUAGUGAUUUGGCAAGACUUAUACCAACAAAUAUAAAUCUUCAUAAAGAUGACCCAGAGUGUCAAGAAUUGGCUAAAAAGAUGCGAAAUUUCUAUUUGAAAGGAGGCAAAUUGGAAGAGAAAACCUUAAAUGAAUUCCAAAAUCUCUUAACUGAUUUUAAUUUUGCAAUUGACGCUUAUGUUGCAGCAGAAAUGCAUUCAAGGAGACUCCAUAAAUCACCUUUAUACUUUUAUCGAUUUGAUUAUGUCGGUGAACUUGGGUUCUAUAAGAGACUAUUUGGAUUUGAACACCUUAAAGGUGCAUGCCAUGGUGACGAUUUGUUUUAUCUCUUUCAAUCUGUGUUGGCUGAUGAACCUUGGGCAGAGAGAGAUACGAAAAUGGUUAAAACAAUGUGCAGAUUAUGGGCUAAUUUUGCUAAACAUGGUAACCCUACACCUGGCGGAGGUGAUGCAGAUUUAAUUAAUUGUAAUUGGGAGCAAGUGAAAAAGAUCGACAACGACGAGAAGUUUGUAUUGAAUGCAUUUAUAAUUGACGAGAAGCAAAAGAUGAUAGAUAACCCGGAUGAGGAGCGGAUAGAGUUUUGGAGGAGUGUUUAUAGGAAAUAUAAUAAGGAUUCGAUUUUGUCAAAAUUGUAACUUAUUCAUCUGGUUCAGGUUUUUUGAGAUCUCAUUAACGGAGUUUUGGAUUUGUUUUUUUGUAUUAUUGUGGAAGUUCUGAUAUUCCAAAAACUUGAACUGGUUGUUAAGACACGUAUCAAGAGUGUGUCAGUUGAGUAUCGGUUAAGAAACUGAAGAAUUAAGCCCAGAUAAGGGGCAUGGGGCAAAGCAUUCGUUGAAAUGAGAUUAGAAAUAUGUGAAUAUUUGUACUUACACGUGUAUAUGUGGACAUUGUAUAUUAAAGGACAAUUUUUAUUAACUUGUAUAUAAAAUAAAA